AUGGCCGGGUCCUGCCUCGCCUGCUGCCUGCUGGGCCUCCUGGCGCUGACCUCCGCCUGCUACAUCCAGAACUGCCCGCUGGGCGGCAAGAGGGCCGCGCUGGACCUCGACGUGCGCAAGUGCCUCCCUUGCGGCCCCGGGGGCAAGGGGCGCUGCUUCGGGCCCAGCAUCUGCUGCGGGGACGAGCUGGGCUGCUUCGUGGGCACCACCGAGGCGCUGCGCUGCCAGGAGGAGAACUACCUGCCGUCGCCCUGCCAGUCCGGCCAGAAGCCGUGCGGGAGCGGGGGCCGCUGCGCCGCGGCCGGCAUCUGCUGCAGCCCGGACGGUUGCGGCACGGAUCCCGCCUGCAACCCGGAGACCGCCUUCUCCCAGCUUUGA